AUGUUAUCUAGUUCUGUGCAGGCACUAACAAGCAUGUUUGAUAAGCUCCAAGCUGGAACUUCUACUAGCCCCAAGGAGGUUUGUCAAAUGUGUAAUGUGCAGGGCCAUAUCGCACCAAAUUGCCCGCAGAAUUCGAGUGAGAUGUCCAUCGAACAAGCCAAUGCUUUCUACUCCUCAAAUCCCAAAAAUCCUUAUGAUCCCUACUCCAACACCUAUAAUGAAGGAUGGAAACACUAUCCUAACCUCUCAUACAAAAACACCCCAGCACAACACAAUCCACCACCUCAACCCAACAACUACAACCAAACACCACCUGGUUUCCAACAAAGACCACCCAUGAACCAACAACCAGUGCAACCACAACCCCAAAAAUCUAGCCUUGAAGUGAUGAUAGAGAGAUUUAUUACCACAACCAAUAGUGCUAUCCAACAACAAGGUAACUCCAUCCAACAGUUGCAAGCCCAUAAUAAGCUCAUGGAAAGCCAAAUAAGCCAACUUUCACAACAGGUGAGUCGCCUAUCAACUCUUCAAGAUCAAGCAAAGGUUCAAAAAGAACAAUGCAAUGCUGUUUUCUUGAGAAGAGAUGAAGCCUCUCCGAGGCAAAUUGUUGAGAAGGUGUGCAGUGAGGAGUCUAGAAAAGACGAAAAGGGCAAAGAUGUUCAAAGCUCCAAAUAUGUGGCUCCACCGGCUUAUGAGGAACCGAUGCCUUUCCCGCAACGGUUGUCAAAAGCCGUGCUUGAUAGACAUUUUGGCAAAUAUUGUGAAGCCCUCAAGAAGGUACACGCUUCUACUCCCUUUUCUGAUCUUUUAGUUCAAAUGCCUCAAUUUGCAAAUUUUGUAAAGAAUAUUAAAGAUCAACAUGAGGAUAAGGAAGUAGCACAUAAGAAGGGCCCUACUCUCUUAUAUGAUAACCUACCACCUAAGCUGCAUGAUCCUGGUAGUUUCACUAUUCCCUGCACGAUAAACGAGAAAUUUUUCGAUAGGGUUUUGUGCGAUUUAGGUGCUAGUGUUAACUUAAUGCCCUAUUCAUUAUAUGAGAGUUUAGGCUUGCAAGGACUUAGACCUUCCCCUAUUUCUCUUCAAUUGGCUGAUAGGACCUCUAGACUCCCUAAGGGUGUGGUUGAAGAUGUAUUAGUUACGGUGGGUGGACUUGUUUUUCCUGUUGAUUUUGUUGUCUUGGAUAUGAAGGAAGAUCAUAAGAUCCCGAUCAUACUUGGUCGACCAUUCCUUGCCACGGGUCAAGCCCUAAUAGAUGUUCCCGAAGGACAAGUCGUCAUUAGGGCCCAGGAUAAACAAGUCAUAUUCAAGCUCUUUGAUGAACAUAAUUCUAUUUUUGAUGGUGGUACUUGCUUAAGAAUCGAUGCUACUAACCCUUUGUUUGAUAAGUAUGUAUUUGAUAGAAAUUUCGUGCGAAGCAAGGACAAAAUUCCACCCAAUGAUGUUUUUGGCCACAUGAAGGUGAGUUCGGAUAUAAGGCAGGUAAACAAUAAAAUGAAGGAGUCACUCGGAGGCAAUCAUUCCCAUGGGCAACAUUGCGGAGUUCCCCCUUCGUGUGGUGAUCCCGGUUGA